GACAUCCGACUCUCCGUUCCACCAGCAAGAUUCCGGGGUGAGAAUUUUUCACUGCCAUUCCCUGGCUCGCUCUGAGGUGUAGAAGGGAGAGCAUAUGCCAUAUUCGUUCCUCGGAAAUGGGGCACUGGUGCAGGUGGUAGUGUAGAUGGCAAUGUGGAAGUCUGGCUAGCAUGGCGAGCAGUCGUCCCCAAAGCGGUGCUGGGGUCUCUGGUCGCCCUUCCAAUCAUUGCAGGCGGCAGUUGUCUAUGAGAAGGACUUGAAGGAGAAGAUCGCAGCAUGACAACUCCACCGGAAAGACAAAGGAUGAAAGAGAUUGAUACUCGCAGAAGAGCGGCGGCAAGUAUUUAUCCCCCUCGCGAAGGUAUAUCCGCUCAUCAACACUUUGGUCAGGCGCUUCCGACCAGCUGCUAUGCCGGAUGUGAUCAGGGCAAGACUUCAGACCAAGGAUCGCCCUGCCAAAGAUAGAGUCCCGAUUGCAUUGCACAGUGAUAUCGAGAUGGCCAUACAAUUUAAGGUUGAUGCAUGGCCGAAGGAGAGCGCCAUCAUCGUGGAGUCGAGCGCAUGACUGCCUGCUGGCUUGAGCAUGGCUCAGAACCCAGGCACCAUGAAAGAUGAACGGAGGAAGGGAACUGAUAGACCGAGGUCGGCCGUCGCGAACGAAAAAAAAUCAGCAGCGCCCGAAUCCUGGAUUCCCGCGGAGAACCCUGAUAGCGCCCACGGCCGAUGGCGGAAUCGACCGUAUUAGGAUGCCGUGUUCGGCUGCCUUCAUGGGACUGCUUAUCGAUGACAUCCAACCGGCGUUUGCUUACAAUGGGAAAGCGAGGUCCUCAGGACCUUUCCGACC